AUAUUCCUCGACUGGACAGAUGAUGAUUUCUCCAUGUGCUUUGGUGUGAACCACCUUGGCCACUUCUUACUGACCAACCUUCUCCCGUGGCUGAAUGAGAGUUCACCGAGCAGAAUGAUCAAUCUCACCUGCUCCAGCUACAAGUACCAGAAGCUGGACUUUCAAGAUCUCAACUACAACCUGUUUCGGUUCUUCACCUACUGCCGCAGCAAGCUGGCCAACAUUUACUUCACACAGGAGCUCUCUCGCACGCUGGAGGGGAAAGGAGUGACCGCGUACGCCGUUCACCCUGGUUACGUUCAGAGUAACUGGAUCUGUCAUUACUCGGUUUUGUUCCGGAUCCUUGUGCAGGUGGUGAUGUUCAUGUUUUUUGUUUCGUGCGAGGUUGGGGCGCAGACGGUGGUCUACUGCACCGUAUCAGACGAGGUGCUCGAGCACAAUGGAGGAUAUUUCACCGACUGUCAGCCGGCUCACCUUAGAGCCUUCGCUAGAGAUUCUGGAGUAGCAAAGAAACUUUGGGAGGCCAGCGAGAGACUAGUUAAACUGGCCUGA